GUGCGCGCACACACUCCGGGACUCUGCUAGCAGCCUCCUACAGCGCUGGGACGCGCAAAGGGCGCAUGUGCAGAACGCGAGCCCAUAUGAGGGAGAGGAGGAGGACAAGGAGGGCGUCGCUUUCGCCAUUACGCGCACCGGUCACAUCUAUCCGAUCGUCACACUCGUCUCUUCGUUACCCAAUGCGGGCCUCGUGCUGUGCCAGCUCGCUGAGCAACCUCUGUCCGUCUCGAAGGUGGACGGGAUCGCAAGGCAAGUUUUUCAGCAGCAGCAGGAACAACUGGAGCAGCCUUCCGGCAUUCGCACCCUUCCCCUUUGUCCCUAUCCAGCCACUGUCGGCUCCGAAGUGGCCGUCUCCAGCAGCCGAGGCUUCGAGGACGACAGCGGCACGAUAUUACCAGCGUGGUAUUUCGACCCCUGCCCACCCUCCUCUUCCAACUCCCGCUCGAGCCUGCGGAUCGACCCGGCGCGGAGCCGGUGGGGCCGCGCACGCCUCGUGACGUACAAGACGCCGCUCGGCGAGGAGGCUCACACCGGUACGUACGAUAGCCUUCACAGCGCUGAGUUCCAGCUGCUCGAGACGAGCUCGCACAACCCACCCGCGCUGCAGAACCUCACGCUCAGCGGCGCCGCCAACGCACCUGCUGGUGGCACAGGUGACGGCAGCAGUAGUGCUGGGGCAGCUGGCACCUUAGCAAGGGAGAACAGCACGAGGGGCCAAGCGCUCCUCGCCGACAGUGCAUUCAGCUCCUGCGGCCGGAAACGCUUGCCGUCCUUCCCGCCCCGUGGCAGCAGCGGUGGUCCAGUCGUGGACGUCAAGACGGGCAGCAUUGUCGGCGUCGUCCGUGGUACCAAGAUGAGCGUACUCGAGGGCAAGCGAGGCGAUGCGAUACCUGCCGAAAAGGUUUUUGAGUUUUUCGCUUUGCCAGGUUUCGGCGACCCUGGCAGAAAGUAGGACUAGCUUCCCCUAUUUUGUCCUCUGGCGCCUUGUUCCGCAGCACCUGUUGUGACAAGCAUGCACGCAUAUCAGAUUCCUCGAUGUCGCGCAUAUGCACAGGAGCCACGCAAUGCAACGACGUAUGACUGCUGAUGUUUUGUACCAUCCUUAAUCCAUCCA